GUUCAAUUCAACUUACAUCGCUGCACAUCGAUAAGAUGAUUGAGAAACAUUGUCUGAUACUGGCGUUUGUUUGGACGUUGUUUCAAUUGUCUGACGUCCUGUGCAAUGAAAUAUCUCCGGCUGAAAGAAUUGGUCUCUAUAUUCUGGGUGAACUAGACAAGCUGAUCGAGGAAUACAGUGAACUCUACGGCCGUUACAAGACCGCUGAAUGCGUAGCAUUCUUGGCAGUCAGAUCACCAGAAAUCAGUUGGACUAUGAAGGAAUUUAACAAUGUUAUACGCGACACCAAGUUCCAGAUAUUUGCGAACACGAGCGUGGAUUAUCUGAAUAAACUGACGAAAGACUUCUGUUGGAAGAAUGUGAACGGAUUUUCUGGAGUAUACAGUGUCAGUUUAGAUACCAUUGAAUAUGUUUAUUCGCUACAUUCCCAUACUGUUUUUGAAAACAUUGGCCACAAACUGGGGAACAUGGAACCAAAAAUUGACCUGACUACAGUCUUCACUGACCUCGUUAACUCUCUUCGCGAUGCAUGGAUGGCUAGAAAGGAACUGCUUAUCACAACAGCUAUGUACUAUAAAACUAUGAAUAUGGCGGAGAAUCACGACAUCGAUUAUGAAAAUGAACACAUUGAAGAAGACUUGGGAGAAAUCAUUGAAGUGGAAUUUGUCAAAUCAAGAGGGACUGUUGAGCAGAAGUGUCAGAAUAUGUUAGGAAUGCAAAUAGAUAAAAAUAGUUUCAUUUGAUGGUUUGUCUGGAUGGGGAGUUAACUACACUGAACAGUCUCCUCCAUGUGUGUUCAAUACAUCUUUAUUUCCGUCUGUGUUUGUUGGGAAAAAGUUGAAUCGGUAAUUUGUUGACGGAGUUCAAAUUUGCUAAUCCUUUCUAGCCAGCCAUUUGACAUUCGGCAUCCAACCAUUGAAGGUGACUGGUGAUAAACGUCUGCAGUGAUUUGUCGGAAAUGGUUUUGGUGACACACUUUUAAAUCUAUGUGACAAUGAACGUUAAUCGUCCACGCUGUUCAAGUCUGUUCUGUAGUCAGGGGAGAAUUUACUUUGAACCCCUCAAAAAUGUCUCAUCAACUGGCACUAACAACACAACCUGAGAGCUGGAGAACACCUUACUUCCGAUUCUCUGACAAUAAUAAUAAUUAUCAUUCCUUCACGUUCCCCAGUGGAACAUGAGGCUUCAGGCUAGCGACUUAAGGUUUCUGUAGCAGUAUUUGAUUUUACAGGAUGGGGUUGCUAGCCUCACGCCCAACCUUUCCUCUUCACCAGCAUUACUUCUGGCUUAGCGACGUAAAGAAGUGCGUCCGUGGCCAAGGAUCGAACCCCAGACUAUGUGCAUGGUCGGCGAGCGUCUUAACCGCCAUGCCACCGACGCACUUGACAAUACGCAACUCAUACCUUCCUUGGACAAAGCAGCUGCUCACAAUCUACGAGAUUUCACUAGUUCUCCAACUGAUGUCAAGUAACGAUGUAAACUUGACUUACAUCCAUUUUCUCUCGCAAUCACUUUGUAGGUGAAUAUGGAUCAGAUGUCCCAUCUCACCACCUAAUCACUUGACCGCGUGUUCUAUUCCGAGACGAUGUACACUUCGCCUAGUGCACCAGUGCAUAGUAAACGUGUGCCUGAAGGUUAACAAAUUUAUGCCAUUGAAACAACGCCUCUUCUUGUGAAACGUCCAGAGUUCAAGUUCCCUGCAGUCACAUGUUCCACUCAGUACUCAUGGCAGGCGAAAUAGAAAUUUUCUUGUACCUCAUAGCAUUUGAAUCCAUUCGCCUCCUUUAUACCUUGAUCCCUUUCAACAAUUUCUAUCAUUUACCUCAUAUUUUUUUCUCAGCCACCAAAACAUUAUUGAAGCAAACAAAUCACAAAAAUGUACCAAAGUCUGAAUUCGGCCGUGCUCUUGCUCAACUGAAAUCUGAAGUACAGAAGCUUGAGAAGCACAGAAUCGACAGGCUUCACAGUAAGUUCACUCAAAUUUCACUCAUAUAAUAAUGAAUACACUUGUGUUUAGCACAGUCGCACUUGACUAUUGUGAAUAAAGCUCUCGAUGCAAUGAUACGAGAGGCUUCUCAUGAUUUUGGUAAGUGAUUCAGAGAGGCUAUUUACUUGCAAUUCACUUUGUUGUGAGAUAAAUAUUUAACUGCAUCGCGAUUAUUAGUAUCAUUACUAUCGUUAUUAUUCAUUCAUGCAUUCCUUAAGUUCUUAGGGGAGGGAAUAUAAAGCAUGAGAUGUUUACUUCUCUCUAGUGACCUGGAUUCAUGGCAUCUUUAAGUAUUCUAAACUGACCACUACCACAAGGUUUCACUCCCUACUCAUAUAGUUUUCUCAACGUCACUUUAGGAAGACAUGCCAACACGUCUCUUCCUAUUUAGACUCCACUGGAGCGAUUCAUAUGUUUGAUGUCAGUCAGUGGUCUUCUUAGAUAACAUCUAAUCCCUCUCCAUUUUCUUUAGAACAUUUAUUAAGUGAUAUGUUCGAUGACAGAGCUGCUCACUGCUGAUGCUUUCUAACCGACCAUCUAAUCUUCAAUAUGGUGAUAUCAAAGUCAGGUGUUGAUAAAAGUCUGCAAUAGCCUGUUGGAAGUGAUUUUUGUUGCAUUCAGAAUUCCUGACGCAUGCAGAAAAAUUCUCUAAAUAAUAAUGUUGAAAAUUCGAAUCAUGUUGUUAGUGCUGAGUAGUGCAGUAGAUUUUCACACUAACCUUUGACCACUGAAGGCUUGUGUCACCUUUCCGACUCGGGUUUUGAAAUCGCUAUCCAUCCCUCCCAUAGUUGAAAGAAACUAUUUAUUUUAGAUCUCUCUCUCUCCCUCCGAUGGUGACUGUUGAAUGCUGUCGUUAGCUGGCUAUCGUCAGCUGGCUUAUAUCCCUCUUAAGAUGCCUGAAAUCUGGUUUCUCAUGCAUAUCUCAACACAUACAUCUGAAUUUGUCCGAGAAUGAGGCAUAACUCUUCUGUGAGACCUAAAUAAUUCCCCACCAGUUCGAUGUAUUACGGUCUUCUCAUUCCUCACGGUCUCUUACACAUCUUAGUCAUCCAUGACCGCGAAAGUAUUCUACGAUAGCCGUUAGCCUUGUCCUACUCCUAUCCCCACUUCAAAUGCUUCGAUGAGUAAUGAUAAUUGAAUAACCUGGGAUGCGACUGGUGUCGUACAUGAAGUUUGAACAUGUUUGCGGCACCACACUUUCUAGUGUGAUGCGCAGUCGAUGAUGUUGAUGGUCUUCUUCUUUCAAAGUCGUCAUUCUAGCCUGUGAUCAAUAACAAUGCUAAGUGUUGUAAUUUGCUCCGUGAAUGACCUCCAUUGUCUGAAUCCAUCAUGUUUGAAGUGGAUUUUCAAUCUACAGAACAUCUUUUGGUCUCUCAAAGAUGAUGUUGCAUUUGGGUCCUCAUUGGCAUUGCUUUUCACAUACUCCAUCUGAUUUCGAACGUAUUCCUAUAUAUUUCUGGUCUUUAAGACGUAUGAAUUUGUCGUACAAUCGGCGUUGACUGAAAGUUAUAUGUUUGUUGGGGGAUAUUUCUUGACGAGUUGUCUGCAGUGAUGAAUAUAAGAGUCGUAUGAGGUAAUUAUUUUUAGAGUUCCCCUAGUUAACCUAUUCUGUGUAACUGUAUCCCCUUCACUACCUUUCACUGUCUUCGUCUGCGUUGACCUCUUCCCAGACAGCCAAUUGUAUUUCGCUCUAAAAACCCACAAUUCAAUGAGGGUGUUCCUGUUGAAUAUAUUGUCCAAUUGCUGAGAGGGACUCACAUGCCAAGAUUUAUCAUCCAACAAUGCUGGAAGACAUUUCCCUUUGAUUGAAUCGGUGACACUAUUCAAGCUACAAAACGACCUCAACAAUUUCUUCGGGUAGCUAUUAGAGUCAAAAGAUUUCCCAGGUAAAAAGACGUCCUGUACAGCGAAAUUAACUCUCCAACCACAAACUCAGGAUAUCUGAUAAUCGGUAGGAUUAUUCUCAGUAAGAUCGGACUGAAGCUCUGUCUGAAAUAGUCAAAUAGAACAAAACACACUUCUCAGGUCGGCAAUUCAAGGUCACGAAUUUACAUUCGUUAGAACACCACAACAGAAUUAUCUCUGCCCUCCAUCUUCGCAACUCUUCAGUGGUAUGCCCUCAUGAUCAUCCAUACACAUGGCCUAACCCAGCAACUUGAGGUUACGAAUCAAGCCCCUUGACGUUUCAACCACUGAGGUGGAAUAAAACGACCGACUUAUGCAUUCUAACUUCUGUCAAUCCAAAACCACAAACUAACUGUGAAAAGAUACGACAUGUCUCCUUUCAAAUCCAUUUGUAUGUCGAGAAUUAAAGGCAUCAAUUCGAUUAGAAAAAUGUAGAAAUAUUCAACAGUGGAAAUUCUGAGAACGAAGCUACGUAAUUUCCAGAAGCCCAGGACUCAUUCAACGAUUAACACACAUAAUACUACAAACCGAAUUUACCAACCAAGCAUCACAAUUAAAUCGAAUGCAUCAGAAAUUUGGGGUAUAUAUUGCCAUCACCAGCCAAUGCAAUCAGUGAGCAUCUAUCCCCACAUCCCACUUGGUCAAUCCCAUCUGACAUAACUUCUUACUCACGAGUACUCCAGAAAACUCCACCCCCGAGUUAGUCAGUCGCUAGUGUUAACAGUAGAUUGUUACUUUCUGAAAUUCGCAAACUUGUAUCAAGUUUCACCACGGAGGGACAUCAGUUAGAGAAACAGUUAAAACUAGCUGGGAGUGCUGAACAGCUGGCUGUUUCCUCCUUGGCUGGUGCUCAUUAGCAGUACGCACCGCCCGAGGUCCCACCUCAACGCCUCUUGGUUACACGUCAAUCUCGUCAACCAAUCUACCUCAUGAAUUCUAACUUCCAACACUUCAUCAUGUUUUGUGUGACCACCACUUGAAACAAAUAAAACCCACAAUCCUCGAAAAUUAAUCUAAUACUCGGUGGUGACUGGUCACAGGACGAAGUUGUCUGAAGUUUUGGUUAGCAGUCGUGACCAAGAGUGUUCAGCCAGUAGGGAGUGUGGACAGAUAUUCAGCAGUCGUGAGAAAAUCACGGACUCGUAGAAUUUAGAAUUCACGGAUUGACCGCUGGGCUAGGUUCUGGAGAUGAAUGUUCAACGAUUUUCCCUUGUUCACCGAAGGGUCCUGGGUUCGAACCACAGUGAUUUGUGUACUCCUGAUGAGUCCGAAACCUGAUCGAAACAGCCAGCUCUCCGGCAUUCUCAUCUGGUUUCCAGUGCUUCUUUAACCGAUAUCAAUCCGUUGUCAAUUUUGAAACAAGACAGAAUGCCUGUAAAUUGGCUCUUCAAAAUUCUGUGAAUGCACUACAGUAUGUAUAAAUAUGACUCCAUCUUUUUUCACAGGUGCGAAAAACAAAUGAAACACGGUGGACAUGGAGUGUUCAUAAACUGAUAAAAUUUUACUCUCUGGUGAUGGUGUGUUACUAAUUCAUAUUAAUAAACACUUUUUCUUUCUUA